CAAGUGAGGCUCAAGGCGGCUCCUGCGCGAGCCUUCCUCGCCCAAGUCUGCCCGCCAGGACGUGCGGGUGGGGGCGUCGAGCGCUGUGGUGAAGUGGUCGGUUCGAUUUGCAACAUCACACGGUGCUCACUGCAGUGGAGGGGAGAGAUGUGGCCCCUCGAGAAGUUCAAAGACAACCUGGGGCGGGCAGCGCAGAGCGCCACCCACGCGUCUCCUGCGGUGGUCCUGCUCCUGGGGCAGCUGGGGCCGGCGCACCUGGGCCACGUGCAGAUGCUGCGGCAGGCGGAGGCGCGGCUGGCGCGCGCGGGCUACGAGGUGCUCGCCGGCUGGCUCUCCCCGGCGAGCAGCGCGCAGGCUCCCCUUGCUGGGCACGAGCCCCUGAGCAGGGCCUUCCGCCUGCGCGCUGCAGCCCUCGCCUGUGAGGGCGACGAGCUCGUGGACACGGCGCUCUGGGAGGCCUCGCUGGACCGCGCGGCGGCCCCGGGAGACGUCGUUGCCGCCCUGCGCGCCUCGCUGAGCGCAGAGUUCCAGGGUGCGUCCUGGGUGGCGAUGGUGCGCAUCUUUGUCGUGUGCCCUGGGGACGAGGUGAAGCAGUACCAAAGAUCCCCACCGGCGAGCUGCAAGGCCUCGUUGUGGUGCCAAGGCUGGACGACGAGGUCCUGGAGAGGCCAAAUUCGCUGGUCUAUGCCACCGAUCCGCCGCUGGACCGCCUGA